UAUCAUUUUUCUUUUUUUCUUAUUACAUAAUUACAUUGAAAUAUACAUUUAAAUUUUUUAAAUAUUGAUUCAUUACACUUCCACAUAUUCAAUGAUUACUUAUAAACAUUUAAUAACAGAAUGAUAGUAAAAAGCUGUAUUAAAGGAUUGUUUUGCCGUUUUGUACAAACGAUAAAUUGUGUACGAAAAAACUCCACGGCAAAAUAUUGUUUGGAAUUAGUUAGAAAACAUGAUUUUGAAAAUUAUUUAUGUACCUUAUUAUUACAUAAAAAUAUUAGAAGAACCGGGUUUGCUGUCAGAGCAUUUAAUAUUGAGAUAGCAACUCUUCAAGAUCAAAUAAGUGAUAUGAAAAUUGGAGAAAUGCGGUUUAAAUUUUGGGAGACAUCUUUAGUUGAAAUAUAUAAAAAUAAAAUUCCAAAACAUCCAGUACUCAUUGAACUUUUUAUGGCAGCAAAAACACAUAAAUUAAGUUUAAUAUAUUUGAAACGUUUAAUCUCAUCUCGAGAAAAAUAUAUGUUAAAUUCAUCUCUAAAAACCAUUGAAGAUUUGGAGACUUAUGCUGAAAACUCUGUUUCGCCAGUAUAUUAUUUGUUUCUAGAAGCAAUGGAAAUUAAGGAUAUGACAGUUGACCAUACUGUAAGUCAUCUAGGUAAAUGUCAAGGAAUUGUAAACAUUAUUAGAGGUAUUCCAUAUAAUUCAAAAUCUGGGCGUAUAUCAAUACCACAAGAGGUUUUGUUAAAAUAUAAAGUUUCCUAUGAAAAUAUUAUAAGAAAUUCUAGUGAACAGAAUGUGCGUGAUGCUAUUUAUGAAUUGGCUUCAAGAGCAAAUAGUCAUCUAAUGAAGGCCAGAAAAUUGGAAAAGGAAGGAAAUAAACGUAUUAAAUCAAUAUGUUUACCAUUUGUUCCUCUUCAUUUAUACUUGGAAAAACUUCGAAAAGCAGAUUUCAAUGUAUUUGAUAAAAAACUACAAGAACGAAAUAAUUUAUUACCUAUGAAACUAUUAUGUCAUAAAAUAGUUGGUUAAAAUGAUUAUUUAGUUAAAUACUUUUGUUUAAGUUUUUAUAAGUAUACUAUUGUACAGUAUAAUGAAGUGGACAUUAAACCGCUUAUAAUGUCUUCAUCUUAAAAAUGUACUUUAGAUAAUAAUUUGUGUUUAGUGUAAUUAAUUUUGUUUUGUUAGCUUUAUUUCUAGAGAAAAUUAUACUAUUAUUAAAUCAAAAGAUGUAAAGAUUAAAUAUUUUUUAUAAUAUUUUAAUUUUUAAGCAAUAUAUGAGCGUUUUUAAAUUCUCAUAUUGUUAGGUAAACUGUAAUAACACGUAUCUACAUUUUUAUCAUUUUUUAGGAGAGCAUUUUAAACUAUUUAUUGUACAUUACUCAUAUGAAACGUGAUAUCACUCACUUUAGUUUUGAAGGGAAAGUAAUGAUUUUUUGGUUAUCGACUUAUCGUUUAUAUGAAAAAAAGAAAGCACAAAAAGAUUAUAUAUAAUAAUUAAUAAUAUAACCUAACCUUAAUUUGACCAAAAAUGUAGAUAUACGUUAUUGCAGUUUAUUUUACAAAAUAUUACAAAUUCUCAACUCUAAAAUGUAUAAAUCCUAAUUACAAAUACAGAUGAUGAUUUCCCUUCGUUAAAAAAUCAUUUAAAUUUUAUCACUCUUUUUUAUGCUAAUAACAUUGGUUCUGAAGAACUCAAAUUGUUUGUGUUGUAUAUUUUUAAAAUUGAAACAAUACAUGUAGGUGUCACUUCCUCUUUAAAUGUUUAUUAAUUUUAUUUUAGUUAUUUUAUUAACUUAAACAAUUCAAAAAUGAGUGUAAAAUAUUUGUUAUUUAUUGUUUCUAUGAAAUAUAUUGUUGUACUUA